AUAAGAAAGAUCCUAUCGAUCAAUAUGAAUUAAGUGAUGGCACCUGCAAAAGAUAGAUGGAUUAGACGUUUUAUAAUUACUGAAAUAAAACGACACAAAAAGGGAUUUACAAUCUACAGAGUCACUUCUAUGAUAUUUCUGAAAUCCUCUCAUGAAGAAGUGUCAAAGGUGUCUGUAUGGAAGCGAUAUAAUGAUUUCAAAAAACUUCAUGCAGAACUUAGUCACUUACACAAGCGUUUUGGAACAAAAGAGACUUUCCCACCUUUUCCCAAAUCAAAAUAUUUUGGUAGAUUUGAAGCUGAGGUCAUAGAGGAGAGGAAGAAAUAUGCUCUUAAGUUUUUGGAAUUUGUGGGACGAUACUCAUACUUAUACUCAAGCGAUAUCUUUAUAACAUUCUUUGAAACUAGUCAUGCAGAUAAUUAUAGUAAUGAUUGUGCACAUUCCUUGAGCUCAGACACGUCUGAAGAUGAUCAUGUUGCUUUGAGUGAUUCUGUGUUUGUAAACAAUGAUAUAGUGCAAAGUACCUUUGAAAUUCCAUGUUCAUUGAAAUCAUCUCAUGUGUUAACAAAUUCAUGUUCCUCCCUGUCACAUGUUAUUUGUGCAAACAAAAAUGAAUUUGCAUAUCGGAGAAAGAAUGAAUCUCAUGACAGUAUUAAUUUACAAAAUGCUAACAUUAAUAGAAAAGAAAGCUAUAAAACAGCAAAAUUGCAUACGCAAGACACUAUUACCAAACAUUAUGAUGCACAUCAAAGCAAAAGUUUUGAUAAUAAUGACAUGGCAACACUCAGUGAUGUACCAGGAUUUGAUAAUCUGAACAACAAUAUCAGUAAAUCCUUUCUAAAUUAUAAUACACAUUCUACAUAUUCUGUAACAUUACAAGAAGAGAUAAAUGAUUCUCAAGCACAGCCAAAUUCUACACAGUAUCUUUUGAUAGCUGCUGCUCACAUAAGUGCAGCCUUCAAACAUGAAUCUAUAGCAGAGUAUGAGGAAGCUUUCACACAAUACAAACUAGGAAUAUCGUGUCUAAUAAAUGGUGUACAAUUUGAUCCGGACAGUUCAAGGGCACCAGGCAUAAAAGAUAAGAUAUCAAAAUAUUUAGCACGAGCUGAACAGUUGUAUAAUGAACAUUUAAAUUGUACCAUCUCCAAAGUAAAUAAACCAAUAGCCGAGCUUCAAUAUUAUAAAGUGCUUAAAAUAAUGAAAUCUGUGAUGCUUGUAACAGAUAUACGUGCAAAUUGUAAAAGAAUAAUUAAGACUGUAGAAAAAUCUUGUAUUUACGAGGAUAAUAUAAGCAAUUAUGUGUUACACAAACAAGUACCUUAUAUGGUAUACUUAUACGCAUGUAUUGAAACUGAGACUACUAUAUUUUUAGUCCUACAAUAUGCAAGUUGUGGAAGAUUAUGGGACUUCAUAAAACUACAUUAUAAAGAAUUUGACAGUCCAUAUGAUGCAAUUUCAAAUCACACAUAUAUAAAUGAAUAUGUCAAUGGAGAGGUUAGCAGCAAUGAAAAUAUUUAUGGAUCAAACAAAGUCGAUACAAUUAUAGAAAAUAAUAGAGUACAGGGAAAUCGAUGCACAAUAGAUGUUCAAAGUGAAAGCUAUAUGGAAAUGCCUACUACACAAUUAUUAGAAAAAUCGCAAGAAUUAUUACAAUCCGUUAAUGCAACAUUAAAGAAAAGCAAUUCAAUUGCAAAUCGAUUAAAUAAGUGUAAGGAAUUGAGACAUUCAAGAAGCACACUAUCACUGAAUGCAGAAGCCGUUAUGCAGAUCCCUCAAGAAUCAAAUCUUAUGUUAUCUAAUGUUUAUCACAAUAAAUCACUAAAUACUAGUAAUAUGAAAAUAGAUAUUAAUAUAAAUUCAUCAAAUAUUAAUUAUAGCAUUGAUGAAACACAAUACACGACUAAAGAAAAUAAUAUAGAUGAACAGGAGUUUUGGCAAAUACCGGAAGCUGUAAUUCGGACAUGGGCAGCUGAAAUCCUUUUAGCUUUAGAAGCACUUCAUCAGCAAAAUAUCAUGAUUCUCGAUUUUAAACCUGAUAAUAUUCUUCUGGAUGACGCAGGACAUAUUCGCCUUACUUAUAUUGUACCGCAACAUAACGUGGAAUUAUCUAAACUAACAUAUCCAUAUUCGUCGCCUGAAACAGUAAUGUUUUCUCCGACCAUUCCUGUUACAUUCGCUACAGAUAUUUGGAGUUUCGGAGUUAUUUUAUAUGAACUACUUACCGGCAUUAUAUUUAUCAAAAGUCAUCCAGGAUCGUUUCAUUCACAUUCCACAAUUAACAUUCCUAGCAGAUUAUCGAAAAGUGCAGGAACUUUGUUAUGUGGCAUGUUAAAAUAUCAUCCAGAGGAGCGACUGACGGUAGAUGAAAUGAAACGUCAUUCGUUUUUCGCAGGAACUGAUUGGUUAAAUAUGAUUUCUUAAACUUAGCUCUUA